ACAGUGGACUUACAUGGAUGUGUCAAGGAUUUCAAACAAAGACAUAUAACUUUUUCUUUCUUUUUUUUUCUUGAACCCCAAAACACUUAUUAAAGCUUUGGUAGUAACGGAUGAAGAUACCCGCGUGAAACUUUUGUAUUAACUUGACACUGAGCGAGAGAUGGCGCAUCUGUCUUUGUACUGCCUGACGGCUCUGUCGUUUUUACAGCUGGUGGCCUCCUCGGGUGUAUUUGAAUUGAAAGUUCACUCGUUCAGCACAACACGCCGCUUCUGCAGGAGGACGCGAGACUGCAACAUCUUUUUCAGGAUUUGUCUCAAACAUUCAGAGGACGUCAUCUCCGCCGAACCACCGUGCACUUUCGGCACGGGUCAGACCAGUGUCCUCCGGGCGGACCAGAGCUCUAUAGCUAACAGCGCAGCCAUCCGAGUGCCCUUCCACUUCAAGUGGCCGGGGACAUUCUCUCUUAUUAUUGAGGCAUGGACUGCAGAGUCUCCCAAAGAGCAUCAUGACUACACAGAGAAUCAAAACAACCUGAUUAGUCGUUUAGCAACACGAAGACGCUUGGCAAUUGGGGAAGACUGGUCGCAGGAUGUUCAUUUUGGCGAGCAGAGUGAGCUGCGCUACUCGUAUCACGUUUUCUGUGAUGAGUUUUACUUCGGCGAGGCAUGUUCAGAUUACUGCCGUCCCCGUGAUGACACGCUAGGACACUACACCUGUGAUGAGAAUGGGAACAGGGAAUGCAUGCAAGGAUGGCAGGGAGACUACUGCUCUGACCCCAUCUGCUCUUCUGACUGCAGUGAGCGACACGGUUACUGUGAGUCACCCGGUGAGUGUAAGUGUCGUCUAGGAUGGCAAGGGCCAUCCUGCAAUGAGUGUGUACAUUACCCUGGCUGCCUGCAUGGGACCUGCUCACAGCCGUGGCAGUGUGUAUGUAAGGAGGGUUGGGGCGGCCUCUUCUGUAACCAGGACCUCAACUACUGUACCAACCACAAGCCCUGUGCUAAUGGCGCCACCUGCACCAACACUGGACAAGGCAGCUACACCUGCACCUGCCGGCCAGGAUACGGUGGCACCAACUGUGAGCUGGAGAUUAAUGAGUGUGACUGUAACCCCUGCAAGAAUGGCGGCAGUUGCAAUGAUUUGGAGAAUGAUUACUCCUGUACAUGUCCACAGGGAUUCUACGGGAAGAACUGUGAGAUCAUUGCGAUGACGUGCGCAGAUGACCCUUGCUUUAACGGAGGGACAUGUGAGGAGAAAUUCACUGGUGGCUACAUAUGCCGCUGCCCCCCAACCUUUACUGGAUCCAAUUGUGAGAAGAGACUUGACCGCUGCAGCCACAAACCAUGCGCUAAUGGUGGUGAGUGUGUGGAUCUGGGUGCUAGCGCUCUGUGUCGUUGUCGCCCUGGUUUCACUGGCCCUCGAUGUGAAACAAACAUUGAUGAUUGUGCUCGCUAUCCUUGUCAAAAUGCUGGAACCUGCAUUGACGGCAUUAACGACUAUACCUGCACCUGUACACUGGGCUUCACUGGCAAAAACUGCAGCCUCCGAGCAGACACUUGUCUCACAAACCCAUGUCAACACGGAGCAACAUGCUUCACACACUUCACAGGGCCAGUGUGUCAAUGUGUGCCUGGGUUCAUGGGACUGACCUGUGAGUUUCCUGUGCAGGCAGGUUUGGAGCUGAUGGCUCCCCAUGCUGGGCAAACCUCACCUUCAGCUGUGGCAGUGUCAUGUGUGUUAGGUGUGUUGGCUGUGUUUUUGGGAGUGUGUGUUGCACUGGUUGUGAUCAAGAGGAGGAGGCAUAGGCUGCGCAGACAGCAGCUGUGCGAUUCUGUGUUUAAUGAUUUGGAGACAGUGAAUAAUUUAGACAGGCAGCACUAUCCCUAUGACAGAGACUUCAGUCACUCUGUGAGUCAGGUGAAACCCUGCAACACUGAGGGCAGACUCAGUCUCUCACUGGCUGGCUCUAACACACUGCCUGCUGGGCAGGACUUCCUGUGGAGUGCUGGAGGAGGGCUAAGAUGAGACAACACAUGCAUACAUGUGUGUAAAUGGCUGUAAACUCACAAACACUCAUACAUACACACACUAAUGUGCGCAUAUACACUCACAUGCAGGGAUGCGAAUUUGGAUGCAGCACUUGCUUUUAUUUUGAUCUUUAUGAAUCAAUGAAUGCAUGAGUGAAUGAAUGAAUGCAUGAAUGAAUGAAGUAUGUAUUAAUAACAACUGAAUAAGGGAUUGGACCUUUGCCAUCUGUAUAGGUGGAAAACUCUGUAAACCAAAAAACAAACAAACAAACAAAACCAACAUGCACACCGCUGUGUGCUUGACUCUGAAUCUGUUUUCAUAUGAAGGCAGACACAGAGCCCUCAAAGCUGAAAAAGACUAAGGUUACAGAACUCUAUAGAUAGAGAAGUGAUAUCUUUAUACAAAGAUAAAUUAAUUAAAAUAACUCUAUAAAAAGAGAACUAAUUAAGUAAAUACCUCUAAGAGAAUUGAAACGUGUUAGUAAAACUGAGAAGCAUAACAAGGUUAGGUGCUCUCCAGUCAAACUCUGGGCACAGUUUACUGUAUUAAACUGAUAAAAACUGUCAAAAACGUUGUUUUGAUUUUUUGUUUUUUGUCUUUCCCAAAAGGAAACAGAUGUGAUCUUAAUUUCUUUAUUUUACUGUAUGUUUGUCAGAAUGUUUCUACACAGCUUUAUCUGCCAGCAACCGGUGUUUAAAAAAAAAAAAAAGAACAGUCAGGAAUAUGAUUAAACUAUGUUCUUAAGACCAAAGGGGAAGGUUUUCCUCCAGUUUUGUACUGCGUAUGAAGUAGUGUGUUUUCUUUCUUGACUGAUACGGGGAAAUGUGUGUCAAUGGUUGUGUUAAAUUACCUGAAAACAGAUUUUUAAAGGAGUUUAUGUAUAAUGAAUGUUUAUUUCUUUUGCCAUUUCCCAUUAAUUUAAGCCUAAGUUUAUGCCUAAGUUUCUAUUUUGCAUUUUUGUACUUUUGCUUUCAAUCAUUGUUUUGUCUGUGUAAAGAAUUUAUGUUAAUUUAUUUUGUA